AUGCAGUUCAAGACACUUUUGGGAUUGAUGUUCGUUGCGAAAACGAAUCAGUUCGGCAUUUUCAGCGACGAGGAUGAUGUCAAGAUCUUCACUCCCGAAACACCCAGCGCACAAAAUGCUCCUGAGCUACAACAAGAAAAAAUGCUUCGAGUUCUAAAACUCCGAAGACUCAAAAAAGAGAUGCUUGACGAUUCAAGUCCUGCUUUUUGCUGCCCAGAAGAACAAAAUUCAACAAAAAUGACAACUGUAAAUAAAAAGCACCCUGUUCAUGACAUCUUUGCUUGA